CACAAGGAUUUCACAGUGUCCACCAUUACACACUCGCGAGCGAUAUUGACCAAUAUUCGUCCUACAAAUACCCUUCCUCGCUCUACAUUUUCCUUCUUACAAACCAACGCAAUCUAUGACUUUGAAAAAUAGAAGAUAGAAAUCCAACGACCCACGUUUUAUGUUCUUUUUAUGAAAGAAUAUAAACCAUUCGAUUCAAUUACUCUAAAGUUUUGAGUCUUAUUUCUCUCUAUUUCAAUUUGAAUCCGUGAACAUUCAGAUUACCAAGGUACUAGUAGGCUAGUAGCGAUGGAAAGAACAGUGUUCUUCAAACUACUCACUCUUUUAUUAUGUUCUGUUACCUUAACAACAUCAUCAUCAGGGACAGAUAAAGUAUUAAAUGCAUCCAAGUUAGAGAUGUUUGUGGAUGAGCUUCCCAAUAUGCCCAGAAUCUUUGGCUACAAAGUUGUUGGUGGUAUUCCCAAAUCAAAGUCUAUCAAGAUUGGCAUGUUCAAGAAGAAAUGGAAAUUCCACAGGGACCUACCUCCAACAACUGUUUACGCUUACGGAUUAAGCAAACACACAGCAACAGUUCCUGGUCCAACCAUAGAAGCCCUCUACGGAAUUGAAACCCACGUGAAGUGGCAAAAUCACCUACCUUCAAAUCACAUACUUCCGUGGGACCCAACUAUCCCCACUUCAUUAACAAAAUCCACCAAGGGUAUUCCCACUGUGGUUCAUCUCCACGGUGGAAUUCACGAACCCCAAAGUGAUGGAAACCCUAACUCAUGGUUCACCGCUAGAUUUAAAUCCAAGGGACCCACUUGGACCAAAAAAAAAUAUCAUUAUUCAAAUAAUCAACAUCCUGGAAAUUUAUGGUACCAUGAUCAUGCUAUGGGUUUGACCAGAGUCAACCUUCUCGCUGGCUUAAUUGGGACCUACAUCAUACGUCACCCUUCCAUUGAAACCCCACUAGGAUUACCUCGCGGUGACGAAUUCGAUCUACCGUUGAUGUUGUUUGAUCGUAGCUUUAGAACGGACGGUUCGAUCUUCAUGAGUUCAACUGGUAAUAACCCUUCGAUUCAUCCACAGUGGCAACCAGAGUAUUUUGGUGACGCCAUAAUUGUUAACGGCAAAGCUUGGCCUCGUCUUACCGUACGGCGUCGUAAGUACAGGUUUCGUAUAAUCAACGCCAGCAACGCUAGAUUUUUUAGACUCUUCUUCACCAACGGUUUGAGAUUUGUACACGUGGCGUCUGAUUCUGCAUAUAUCGGAAAGCCGGUUGUAAGUAAUGAAACUCUUGUGGGGCCAUCUGAGAUCACAGACGUUAUUAUUGACUUUUCUCAAUCAAAGAGCAAUGUUGCUAUUCUAGCGAACGAUGCGCCCUAUCCUUACCCAUCCGGUGACUCUGUUGAUGAAUUUAACAGUAAAGUUAUGAAAUUUACCAUUUUACCGGAUAAAGAAGUUGACACGUCACGGAUACCGGAAAGGCUUGUGGAAUAUCCUGUUGUUGAUUUAUCCAGUGUGUCGCGCACACGGUACAUUGCUAUGUAUGAGUACACCAGCAACAUUGAUGAACCAAUUCAUUUGUAUCUGAAUGGGAAACCGUAUGAUGCGGCGGUUACGGAAACUCCGAAAGCGGGGUCCACUGAAGUGUGGUAUGUGAUCAACUUAACGGAUGAUAAUCACCCGCUUCACAUUCAUUUGGGUUUGUUUAAGGUGCUGGAUCAGACGGAGCUGGUGAAAUCAGAUGAAUUUAAGGAUUGUAUGAUGAAAUUCAACGAUGCUGUUAAGUGCCACGUGGAUAAGCAUUCACGUGGCAAGAAAGUAGCGGUGCUUGAUUAUGAGAAAGGGUGGAAGAAUGUGUUCAAGAUGAGACCCGGUUUUGUCACAAAGAUUGUUGUUAGGUUUUCUUACAUACACACUAAUGCAACGUAUGGGUUUGAUGCAACACCGGAUCCUGGCUACGUGUAUCAUUGUCAUAUAUUGGACCAUGAAGACAAUGAAAUGAUGAGACCUUUGAAAAUCAUCAAGUGAUGCUUCUCCAAGGAGUGGUAACAUGAAAAUGGCAUACAUGAUGUUGUAAUUAUGCAGUCCCUUUCUUGUAAGCACUCAAAGGCUACAAUUCAUAGGUCAUUGAAUUUACAUCAACAUAAGUUAAUACAUGCAUAGACGGGAAAAUGUAUUAUAAUUUGUCUAAAAUUGUGCACUUAAUUCAUAGACAUUAUGAAGGAAGUAUUUUCUAUAUUAUUGAAUAAGAUAUUAAAAUGCAGUGAGAUUAUCGUCAAUUUAUCUUCGAAUGAAUUUACGUUAUUAUUGUAAAAUAAUGGAAGCAGAAUUUGGGUUUA